AUGAAGUUGUUCAUCGUCGUACUCCUUGUGUUCAGUUGUCUCCAAUUAAUCUCUGCUGACAUCUACUGUAAUGAUCGUGGAAUCUGUACUGGAAGUGGGAGAGCAGCUGAGGAUACUCGAUGUGGAAACUGUCAUUCGUGUACUUUCAAGAACUGUUGUCAUGUUCGAUUCACCAAUCCAUACACGAAAUGCGAUAUUCCCGGAUGGCGUUCCGAUGUUUACAAGACUGUGAAUGGAAAAUAA